GUUGCAGUAGGGUUGGUUUUGAUGUGAUCGUCCUCACCAUAAAGCACAUCAUGCAUGAAUCAUUGGAGUAUGCAUUUGCGAGAGAGCAAGGACGACCAAUGCUUUGGGGACUCUGAUGCUAGUUCUUGCUGGCAUCGUCAAACGCUGGCGAAAGCAAGAAGAGAGUCCGCCAAAGAAACAGAGUCUGCAAGAGAAAGGGAGUCAGGACUUGGCAGUGCGAGUACCAGAGGAUGGAAGAAGAGAUCGCUCGUCAGAACUAUCUAUCUCCCAGAAACGCUGGUGGCAUAAAUGUAAGAAAAAGUUGGUCAUGCUGGUGUAUGCCUUCACCUACAUUCUGUGCUUUACGGCAGCAAUGGUCAGUAUAUUGACAGAGCAGCUGAGUCAGGAGCAUGGCCUAGCUUGGGAGUUCUACACUGGGCUUUUUGCAUGUGGGUGUCUUUGGGUGCUCUUGCAGGCCGCCUUUAAAGCCUACAUGUUGCCCAACGGAAGACACUUUGCAAAGACUGCGUUCGUCCAAGCGACCAUCACUGGCAUUUGCCCAGUAUUCUCAGACUCCUUUGAUACGAUGAAAGAUGUGACCUUCGGGUUCCUUUGCUUCGCUGCAGAUAACUUGUUUGUGAAUGCAGUCGGCGUUUUGGCAUUGCUUUGGCUGCCAGUGUAUCACGCGAUUCUUUUGCGAGACCCAGCCUUCUAUUUGGAGCUUGCAGCGAACCACACAUCAGUGUUGGAAUUGCGAUCCCUGCCACCCUCCGGCCCUUCAAAGAUCGACUAUUCCGACAACUGGCAAGCUGAAGUCGACAAGAUGAUGGCGGACAAAGAUCCGGAUUUGUUCAUGCUCCGCACAAAAAAGGGCUUUUUGAUCACAUUUGUUACUCGUGAUCCUCAUUUGGAGCUGUCCAGAGACCCUGAUGAAUUCGAGUUUCCUGUUCAACUCAUCUCGAAGGUAUCUUGCCUGGACAGGGCCAAAGCCUGGAGCCAAGAAUUUCUGCUCCUUGUCUACAAGCAGCUCACACCUACCAAACGAAAGAUGCUGCUGUGGGAGAACGUGCCGCAAUCAGUCUUUGCAUUUAUUUACAUCCUACUGGUCGGUGACAGUCUCCUUGUCGCGCUCCUGAACCUGGCUAUCCCAACGGCCCAAAUCAUAUUGGCCUUUGGGUUCUUCAAGAAUAUUCGGCUUCUCGUUGCACCCAAGCUGGCCAAGCGGAUUGAUGAUGCUUUCCACGACAAGGAUUUGGUGCAAAUCCAGCGGCUGAGAAAGGAGGCAGGGUUGGACUCUGAUGCUGGGCUAUUUGAAGAGGUUUGUGAACACAGUAAGCGUUUGCAGGGCUUCAUCCCGAAGCUAGAUGAUGAUGAGCUUGGUGACUAUAGAAGGGUGUAUGAAGCCUGGCAAAGAUCCCGGUUCAUCUUCCUUAACUGCUUCGAUUCUAUGACACACAUCAAGAAAGAACUAGCACUCGUUGAAGAGCUCAAGGGCAAGCAGCAUACACACAUACAGGGCAUCGUGGAUAUCGUCUCUUCUUUCCACCUGGAGGGGGUCACCACCCUCAAGAUGAGCUCAAAUGACAUUACACCCGAGGGGUCAUUAGCUCUGGCGAAAGGCUUGACAGCAAACAAAUCCAUAGAGAACCUUGACAUGUCUGGCAACAAGAUUGGAGCCGAGGGCACACAGGCCUUGUUGACUGCCCUUUGCGAGAAUACCCUGCUAUUUCUGGCGUUGUGUGGCAACGGUUUGGGCACUGGAGGAGCACAGGCCGUGGCUGAAUAUCUGAAAAAGAAGAACACUAUCAAAGUUUUACGUCUCGACAACAAUGACUUUGCAGAUGCAGGGUCGAAGGUGUUGGCUGGAGCCCUCAUAAGCAACGCAUCGGUGACAUCCCUCCAUCUCCGAGGGAACAACAUUGGCUCAGCUGGGAUCCAGGAAUUGUCUGAGAUGCUGAAGAAGAAUACGACGCUUGAGUCCUUUGACCUGAGAAACAACAAGAUCGAUGUAGAGUGCCUGGAGGCACUGGCCAAAGCAAUGUCCCAGAACGACAACAUAAAGCAGCUCUACAUCUUCGAAGCCAAGGCCUCAAUGAAGAGACAACCAUCAGGGGUUUGCUCGAUUGCUACUACAUCGACUGCACGGUCUAGCCGCUCUAUUGCUAGUUAUAAAAGGAAACCCACCGCGGAGGACCAGGAGACGAUGCAAAAACGGUUUGCGCAAUGGUUUUCCAAUACUUUUACCUGGACUUCCACCAUUGGCACGAAAGGCACCGGCGAGGAUGUCGCGCAGGACUCUGAGAAAGAGCCAGUGGAGGAGGCGGAGAACGUGGUCAAAUUCCUGCGCUGCUGCGGCCAGCAAUGGCCGGAGGACGGUUUGAAGCUGGAUGAAGUUUUCUUGAAGACUGUUCAAGCCAUCGAGGGCCAGGAGUCCGCAGAGGGGACGUCGCGGAUGUCGAAGAUGCUACGCAAGCUGAGCGAGGAGCAGCGGACCUUGGUCCUGGCUCACAUGCUCCUUGGAGAUGAAGAAGCCAAGGAGCUGGCUCAGGCCGUGGGCGGACUGCUCAAACUCAGCAAGGUUCAAGUCAUCAACCUCUAUGGGAACGGUGAUAUUGGAUUUCGUGGCCUCCAGGCAUUGGCCAAGGCAGUGUCCAACAACAACGACAUAAAGAAGCUCUACAUCUUCAGGGAAGCCAAGGACAGCCAUGGCCAACCUUCCCCCAACGUCGGUGAGGUUGUUUCGGAGGACAGGCUGGUGGCAUUUAUGAGACAAUGCGGCAGAGCAUUGCUACAGGGCCAAUGCAAGUCUGUCAAGACUGGCACGAAUAGCGUUGUGCCUCGGCGAAGCCGACUCUCACAGACUUCAAUGACUGCAAAUGGGGAGGGCUUGAUUCUGGGUGAUGUGUUCUCAAAGGUCAUUCAAGCUAUCGAGAGCCAGGAGGCAUCUGCUGUGCAGCAAGCGCCCUGUAACAAUGCCGUUCGCUUCACUGACACCAGCGAUCCGAUGCGGAAGGAGUCCGAAGUGAGGACGCCGCAGAUGUCGAAGAUGCUACGCAAGCUGAGCGAGGUCAUCAUAAAUCAGGAGAACCAGUUGAACUUGUCGAGCAUGGAUCUCACCGACGAGGAGGCUGAGGUGCUGGCUCAGGCAGUGCGUGGAUUGCUCAACAUCAGUGAUAUACGAGUCAUCGACCUCCGCAACAACAAGAUUAGCGUCAGUGGCCUCGAGGCUUUGGCCAAAGCUUUGUCGAAGCAUGCCACGGUGCAAGAACUGUAUAUCGUUUCCGAUGAUAUCCAGGGCGGAAAUGAGAAGGAGGUUAACAAAUCGCUUCUUGCGCUGAUGCGCAAAUGGGGUAGGGCCCUUCAUCAUCAGGAGACAACGCUGAGCAGUGUGCUCAAGGAGGUUUUUGCAACCGCAAUAAAGAAGGAGACGCUCCUAGACUUGAAGAAGAUGCACCUCAACGACAAGGAUGUUGAGGAGCUGGCCCCGCUGUUGCCCAGAGUGCUCCAGUGCAAAGUACAGGUCAUCGACCUACGCAAUAACGACAUGGGCCUCGACGGCUUCAAGGCUUUGGCCAAAGCGUCAGUGAAUGAUGAGUUGCUUAAAGGGCUCCUUAUCUUCAGCUCGGAUAGCCAGGGCAACCAAGAGGAGAAAGAAGCGCUCCUGGCACUGAUGCGCAAAUGGGGCGCAGUCCUUCAGUCUCAGGACAGACUUAAGCAGGAGGAGACGAAGCUGAACAAAGUCUUCUCGAAGGUUUUUGAAGCCACAAUGAAGAAGGCGGAGGUUUUGGACCUGUCAAAGAUGGGGCUCAGCAAUGUCGAGGCUCAGGCCUUGGCUGAGGGAGUGCUUGGACUGCUCAAGAUCAGCAAUGUGCAAUUCAUCGACCUCCGCAGCAGCGAGAUUGGCCUCUACGGCUUCGAGGCGCUGGCCAAGGCUUUUUCCAUGAACUUCACCCUGAAAAGGCUGAAAAUCUUCAGCCCAGAUGGUGAGGGCAACGAAGAGGCGAGCGGCGUGCUGCUGAACUUCAUGCGCCAGUGCGGCACAGCGUUGCUGAAUCAGGACAGAUUUAAGUUGGGCAAUAUCUGCCUGGACGUUAUGAAAGCCCUAGAGGGCCAGGAGCAAAAUGGAAAGGUGUUGAAAGCGCUGCAAAUGCUUGGCAAAGCCAUUGCACACCAGGAGAAGACCUUAAGUUUGAAUGCAAUGAAGCUCGAUUUGGAGGAGACCAAGGCCGUGGUUGAAGCCAUGUAUCUCCAUUUGACAUUGGAGGAACUUUGGCUGCGUGGCUGCGGGCUUGGCGACGAGGGGGUCAAGGCCGUGGCAAAAGCGCUGGAGAGGAAGUCGGCGCUGCGGCGACUGGACGUUGAUGAGAACGGCAUCGGUGAUGAGGGCACCGAGGCCUUGGUGAACGCCUUGGAGGUGAACACGACCCUGGAGAUGCUCUACAUCGGUCGGAACAGAGGCAUCAGCGCUCAGGGCCGUCAGGAGUUGGAAAUGGUGCGAAAGAAGAAAUUGGCGCAUGGUCAGGAUUUCAGGUGGUUCUAG